CGCACCUAACGCCAUCUGUUAGCAGCCACGAGAACUAACGAUGACCAUGGAAGGGAUGCGCGAGGGCCGGCGGCCGCCACCCUCCUACCAGCACUGUCACUCUCUCAUCUACCUCGACUUCACACAUUGCCAAUUGUACCUCUGUAUUUUUUUGUAAAUUAUAAUAAACGUAAAUUCAAAAUUAAACAAAUACCAAAAUUCAUUGAAGAGCUCCCUGCCCGCUGAUAGCUAGCCUAGGAUCCAAAUCAGUAGCCGCAACAUAUUGGACCUCCAUCGCCGGACUCAUCGCAGAACCAGCUCAGCAUCACGGUCAGGCCAGUAAACCCUUCCUUCCCUCCUCAAUCAUUCUUCGAUUUGUGCUAAUACAGUGUUUAUGUGCAAAUUCCAGUGAUUACCUACAUACGCGCGACCGCUACGGCUGUCCGAGCGCCGACCGCGCGCCACGUGUCGAACCUUCUAGAACAACUGUGAGUACUUGCCUUCUUUCUUUCGCAAUCCACCAAAAUGCCUAAAAAUAGUGAUGAAUCAGUAGGGAGUGAUAAUGCGGAAGAUAUUAUUAGGGAUUUAAUCAAAAAAAAGAGGGGUUGUUAAGGGUAAAUUCACAUUAUUUUCAAAACACGUGCAAUCUGUAGAUGGGGAAACAUUAUCAGAGUUACAAAAAGCAGAAUUACAAGAGCGGUUAAAUAAAUCACAUCCGUUACUUGAUCAAUUUAAUGCUAUUCAAGAUGAAUUAGAAUUGUUAGUGUCAGAAACUCAGUUAGAAAAGGAAUUAAUUGAACGGGGAACAUUUGAGAACCAAUACUAUGCUAUAGUAGCUAAGUGCAAGUGUAUUUUAAAAGAAUCAUUGAAACCACAUGGUCAGAACAAUACUUCUAGAAGCAUGAUAAAAUUACCUACUAUCUCAUUGCCUUCCUUUGACGGAUCGUAUGAUCAAUGGCUUGAGUUCCGUGACACCUAUUUGUCGUUAAUUCACAAUAGUGUUGAUAUUGAUAACGUGCAAAAAUUUCAUUACCUACGUUCAUCAUUAACAGGUAACGCGCUUCAAGUAAUAAAAUCGCUCGAAUUCUCUUCUGAUAAUUACGUAACAGCUUGGGAGUUAUUGCAAAAUAGAUACAAUAAUAAUCGUUUGCUAGUCCACAAUCACGUAAAGGCUUUGUUUUCAACGCAAUCAUUGCAUAAAGAAUCCGCACCCCAUAUACGCAAAUUAAUAGAUAACGUUUUGAGAAAUAUGCGCGCUCUAAAAACUUUAGGCGAACCUACGGACUCUUGGAGUACCCUCAUAAUAUAUAUAAUUGUCUCAAAACUAGAUUCUGCAACUGAACGGGAGUGGGAACUUUAUAAAGGCACUAUAAUUAACUCUGAAGGUGAUUCCGAUAUUAAAUUGUCGCUUGCUGAUUUAAUUAAAUUUCUUAAAGACCGGGCCGAUGUACUGGAAACGAUUAACUUGUCUCAAAAUAAAAGCACACAAAAUGACAAUAACCCUAAAAAAGUUACGCCCAAUGUACAAAAAUCACACAGUUAUGUUGUCACACAAAAGAAUAACUCUAAACAGCCAUUAAAUUCAUCUCGCUCUAAACGUUAUUCAUGCAUUAUGUGCAACGCAAAUCACCCGCUUUACUCUUGCGAAUCGUUUCUUAAUUUAUCGAUAGCAGAUAGGGUAAAAUACAUAGAAGAUAAAAACAUUUGUCGCAAUUGUCUGCGCGCCGGUCACGCGGUAGUCGACUGCUGGUUCGGGCCGUGCAAACAAUGUAAUAAAAAACACAACUCAUUAAUUCAUAACGAAUGUGUAGACUCUGGUGCAUUAAUAUCUUCAGCAGUUCUCACUUCGCAAGUGCAACCGCAGCCCGAGGCGGCUACGGCAGGCUCACAGCCAUUGCAAUCCGCAUCUCACACAACGCACACGUUAUAUAACGUCAAUAAUAACACAGAUCAAGUGUUAUUGUCGACGGCAUUAAUAGAAAUCGCGGAUUGUAAUAAUAAAUAUCACACAAUUAGAGCUCUUUUAGAUAACGGCAGUCAACAAUGCUUUAUCUCAGAAGCUGUAUGUAAACAACUCGGCAUUCCAUUGAUACAGUCCACUGUUCACGUCACAGGUGUAGGUAACUCCGUCACCCAGUCCACACAAUCAUGCGAGGUUCAAGUACGAUCUAAAACUAGUUCAUAUCUCACACGCUUUAAUUGCCUAGUUUUAUCCCGUAUUACCGCGCAGUUGCCAUCGAUAGGCAUCAAUCAUAACUUGCAAAUUCCAGAAGACAUUCCACUAGCAGACCCAGAAUUCCACUCCCCUGGUCAAAUAGAUUUAUUGAUAGGAGCCGAUAAGUUCUGGGACCUAUUAAAUGACGGUUUAAUUAGAUUAGCUAAAGGUCCGUUUUUGCAAAAUACAAAGUUAGGAUGGAUAAUUUCCGGUUCAAUCAAUAGUAAGCACUCGCGCAUUAAUCGAGUGCAUUGUAACUUUACCCAGACCUUAGACGCACAACUUAAGCAAUUUUGGGAGUUAGAAGAAAUUACUUCAUGCAAUAAACUCACAAAAGAUGAAGCGGCAUGCGAAAAAUUAUUUAAAGAAACGACUUUACGCGACGAUACGGGUCGUUUUUCAGUGCGCAUACCGUUAUGCGAAUCAGCUGAUGUAUUAGGAGAUACAUUUAGUUUAGCACAAAAUAGGUUUUAUGCCCUUGAACGUAAAUUAAACCGAUGCGCGCCCGAAUAUAAACAAUUGUAUGUUGACUUUAUGAGCGAAUAUUUAAACCUAGGUCACAUGAGUCUAAUUGAUGAGUAUGCUAAGCCAUGCUACUUUCUACCACAUCACGGUGUCUUCAAAGAAAGCAGUAGCACUACCCGUCUGAGGUGCGUUUUCGACGCAAGUGCUAAAUCGUCAUCAGGAAAAUCGUUAAACGAUAUUCAAUUAAUAGGGCCUGCUUUACAAAACGAUAUUUUCUCAAUUUUAUUGCGGUUUCGACAAUACAAAUAUGUCGCAUCUGCCGAUGUGGAAAAAAUGUAUCGACAGAUUUUAAUACAACAAGACCAACGAGAUUUGCAAUUAAUUCUUUGGAGAGAAAAUCCAUUUCAGCCUUUAUGUGUAUAUCGUUUGAACACAGUUUCGUAUGGCACGGCCUCAGCUCCAUGGCUUAGUAUGCGUUGUCUUAAACAGCUCGCGGCGGAAUGCACGGAUGACGUCAUCUCACGAGUCAUCAAUGACGAUUUUUUUGUCGACGACUUAGUAACAGGACAUGAUGAUAAGGAACAGCUGUUACAAAUAUGUAACGGGGUUUCAAAUGUAUUAAAAUCGGGCUGCUUUCAUUUAAGAAAAUGGAUUUUCAAUUCAGACAUUCAAAAUUCUCAAAGUAUAUUUUCGUCUAAAGAUCUAUCGCUCGGUGAUAAUUGUCAAACGAAAACUUUAGGUAUGGGGUGGUUUAACAAUUCCGAUGAAUUAAAUUACUCGACAAGACACGUUAAAGACAUAACUCCUGUUACUAAACGCACAAUUUUGUCUACAAUUUCACAAAUUUUUGACCCGCUAGGUUUGCUGGGCCCUACUGUCAUUAUAGCUAAGAUUUUAAUGCAAUCUUUAUGGCUUUUGAAGGUCGGCUGGGACGACCCGUUACCUACGAACACUUUAAUAAAAUGGCAUAAUUUUGUUGAUAAACUAAAAUAUUUAGAAACAAUUCGUAUACCUCGUCACAUUAAAGGCGAUAAUUGUUUACACACAGACUUACAUAUUUUCUCUGACGCGUCACAGGCUGCUUAUGCGGCGUGUGCUUAUGUGCGUACCUACACAGAUAACUUACCUGUAACAGUGCGAUUGUUGUGUGCGAAAAGCAAAGUAGCACCCGUAAAACCGGUUAGCAUUCCUCGUUUAGAACUAUGCGGGGCGUUACUAGGUGCACGAUUAUACGCAAAAAUCACUGAGUCACUCAGAUUAAGUUUUAAUAAAGUGCAUUUCUGGACUGAUUCGACUAUUGUGCUUGGGUGGCUUCGAAUGUCACCAAGUUUACUUAAGACAUUUGUGCAGAACAGAGUAGUGGAAAUCAAUGAAUUAACGGGCGAUUCGCAAUGGUUUCACGUGGCCGGUAAACAGAACCCGGCUGACAUGCUGUCCCGCGGGCUCGCGCUGGACGAGCUGCAGGCGGCGGGCUUGUGGUGGAGCGGCCCCGAGUACUUACGUGAUAACAACUUUAACCCGUCACAGGAGAACGUCACAAUAAAUACUGAUAACAUCGAAUUACCGGAAUUAAAGUUAGAAAAAACAGUAUUGGUGAGUCACACUCAGCCUGAAGAGUUUCCUUUUCACCGUUACUCAUCUUUCGUUCGAAUGCAACGCAUAACUGCAUACAUUUUGCGUUUUGCACACAACUGUCGGUCGAAAAUAAAAUUAAAUCACAUAGUCGGUGAACUAACGGUAGACGAGUUAGAUAACUCCACUAGGUAUUUAGCUCGAUUGUCACAGCAACAAUCAUUUCCAGGCAUUGCAACUGAUCUAACAAACAAACGCAACGUAAAAUUUCCUAGAAAUAUUUCUAGCCUAAAUAUAUUUUUAGAUCAACAUAACCUCAUUAGGGUCGGAGGCAGAUUAUGUAACUCCGAAUCUUUUUCAUAUAACAAAAAAUUUCCAGUUUUGUUAUGCUCAAAACACAACUUUACUCGUCUGCUAUUUAUACAUAAACAUUUAGAUUUGCUUCAUGCAGGGCCUCAGUUGUUACUAGCCGCUAUAAGGGACAGUUGGUGGCCGCUUAGGGGACGCGACUUAGCUAGACAAACAGUACACAAAUGUGUUACGUGCAUGCGUUUGAAGGCAAAUACUUUACAGAUUCAAAUGGGCAACUUACCUACUGAAAGAUUAGAACCUGGUUUUCCUUUUAUGCGCUGUGGCGUUGAUUAUGCUGGGCCAUUGUUCAUAUUAAAUCGCAAAGGAAGAGGAGCUAAAUUAGAAAAAUGUUAUAUUUGCCUAUUUGUAUGUUUUGCGACUCGAGCCUUACAUUUAGAAUUAGUAACCAGCCUUACUACUGAAGCAUAUAUAUUGGCAAUUAAAAGGUUCAUUUCUAGGCGUGGGAAACCCCUAGAAAUCAAUUCCGAUAACGGAAAAACGUUUGUAGGCGCUUUAAAAGAAUUUUCAAAAUUUUUAGACUCAAGUCAAAGUGACAUAAUUAAUUAUGGAGUAAAUAAUCACAUUAAAUUCACAUUUAUACCACCAUACUCACCGCAUUUUGGGGGAUUGUGGGAGGGGGGGGUCAAGUCUUGCAAGUUUCACUUACGGCGAGUCGUAGGGAAUGCUAACCUAACGUACGAGGAGAUGAGCACAGUAUUGGCACAAGUCGAAGCUGUCCUCAACUCCCGACCCAUGUAUCCUCUGUCCACAGACCCCAAUGAUCUACUCCCACUCACACCAGCUCACUUCCUCAUUGGCCGACCGCUCACCGCUCCAGCUGGCGAGGACCUGACGGCUACUCCAACGCUGCGCCUAUCACGAUAUGAUCGCGUGGAGCAGAUGCGGCAGAACUUCUGGACGAGAUGGUCGAAGGAAUACGUUUCUGAACUCCAGAAGAGAACGAAAUGGCAGACACACAAACACACACUGAUUCCUGAUACCCUCGUCCUAAUCAAGGAGGACAACGUACCGCCACUUCAAUGGCGCCUGGGACGAGUGCUGCAGACCUUCGCCGGGGGCGACGGCAUCUCACGCGUGGCCAACAUCAAGACGGCCACAGGCAUCAUACAGCGGUCAUUCUCCAAGAUAUGCCCGUUGUUUCCUCAAGAAGAUGACCCUCUGAUGACCCAUACACCUCUUUGGAACCAACCGGGUGCUUCCAAGGCCGGGGGCAUGUCGACGCACCUAACGCCAUCUGUUAGCAGCCACGAGAACUAACGAUGACCAUGGAAGGGAUGCGCGAGGGCCGGCGGCCGCCACCCUCCUACCAGCACUGUCACUCUCUCAUCUACCUCGACUUCACACAUUGCCAAUUGUACCUCUGUAUUUUUUUGUAAAUUAUAAUAAACGUAAAUUCAAAAUUAAACAAAUACCAAAAUUCAUUGAAGAG